GAACAAAAAUAACUCAAAACUAUGGGGUAUACAAGUAUCUACGCUAUCACAUUUGUAGCCUUCGUGGCGGUUCUAUGUGGUGUAACAAAAGCACAGCCGAGCAGGUCAUGCGUGAGAACCCUGACCACCCUCGCUCCGUGCCUCAGCUACAUCACUGGAAACUCAACCAUUCCUUCACAGGCUUGCUGCUCUCAGCUCGACAUUGUCAUAAAAUCUUCGCCACGGUGCAUCUGUUCAGCCGUCAACAGUCCGAUCCCCAACAUCGGUCUAAACAUUAACCGCACACAGGCCUUGCAGCUCCCCAAUGCCUGUAACAUUCAGGCACCUCCCCUCACACAAUGCAACACGGCCACUGGGCCGACAGCACCUCCUCCCGUAGUUUCACCGGCGGAGGAGAACCCAGGUGUGGCACUAACCCCAACCUCAUCGCCGGAUGCUCGUUCAGGAGCCGAAGGUGGUUCCAAGACUAUUCCUUCCACUGGGGCUGACUCAGCCUCUGGGAGCGUCGACCGCAUGCCACCCCAUUUGCUUAUGUAUGCUAUAAUUGUGUCCUGGACCUCCUCUCUUCUUUAUCAGUACUAAGAGUUUAUGUAUUUGAGAAUUUGAUUUUCACCUACUAAUUCAUUCGUUUUGUUAUUAAGUUGUUGUACCAGAUUUAUGUGUGAGUCGUGCAUUCUAUUUAUUUUGCUAUUUUCCAUUGAAUGGGACCGA